CUCAUCAUGUUUUUUAAUAAAACAUAUAAGACCUUCCUUAAAGAUACUUUAGAGAAAGUAGUAAGUGUACAUGAAAAGGAGCUAAACAAAGAUUUUGCAAAUUUAAUUGAACUGAUUGACUCUUUACAUUUCCAAAGAAACAUUAUUGAAGAAAAAGCAUUGUAUCUAUCGGACUAUAUGGAAAUAAUUAAAAAAGAGAUACAAAACAUGGAAAAAAUAGUAGAAAACAUGACUCAUUUAAAUGAUAAAUUAAUGCCGAAUUAUCAACAAUCUCAAUUACAUUAGGCUUAAUUACAUUAAUUGGAAGUGAUAAAUUUUAAAUAUAAACUUAUAAUUUAAAAAGAAAUGUAGAAAGCUGUAAAGAAAGAGAAAAAAUUAAAGAAAACCUAAUGA